AGGGAAACUGACAAAUAUAGGGGAGGUAACAAACAGAUGAUAAGUGAGUCCAGGUGAGUCCAAUAUCGCUGAAGCGCGUUCCGAGGGAAGGCUGGUGUGCAUAAUUGAUGGCAGGAGUGCAUGAUGCAGGGCAGCCUGGCGCCCUCAAGCGCCAGGGGAGGGAAGAGCGUGAGCAGACGUGACAAUUGGUUUAAUUGAAAAUGUGAGCUAAUCAAAUUUAGUUAUGUAACUAGCUACUGUUAAUUCAAUAUGAGUAUACAAGUUCAAGUGUUCCUGCAGUUUACUUUAUUACUUUAGAUUUUAUUUAUUCGUUCUCGCUGGACAUUUCUGUCUUAUUUACGACUAAUCUGGUCUAUAAUUUGUAAUUCAUUACAACCAAUUCCAUUACUUCUAACCCAGUGCAAGUUGUGUGAUGUUCCCUUUUCUUAGUUUCCUAGUCUGUCCAGUGGGCUUGACUACAAUGAGCCCACUGUCACUGAUGCAGAGGGAGCUUUAACGAUGAACUUCUCUAACAAGGUCCAUCAUCAGGUCUCUCUCUAUCUGAUUGGACGAGCCUAUACAAGCCUCCUGUCCUGGUUUCUAUGGUGAAGGUGAUGGUAGACAAUGAGCUGCUGGGCUAUGCCUGUGAACAGUUCCUGGGGAAAUCUGUGAUGGAGAUAAAGAGUGUCAUUCUGCAGACCCUGGAGGGUCAUUUACGCUCUAUUCUCGGUACUCUGACGGUGGAGCAGAUCUACCAGGACAGAGAUAGAUUUGCUGCUCUGGUGAGGGAGGUGGCAGCGCCCGACGUGGGCCGCAUGGGCAUCGAGAUCCUCAGCUUCACCAUCAAGGAUGUUUAUGAUAAAGUGGAGUACCUGAGUUCCUUGGGCAAGAGUCAGACAGCUGCAGUACAGCGAGACGCAGACAUCGGAGUGGCCGAGGCAGAGAGAGACGCAGGAAUCAGGGAAGCAGAAUGUAAGAAAGAGAUGAUGGACAUCAAGUUCCAAGCAGAUACCAAGAUGGCCGACUCUAAGAGAGGGUUGGAGAUGCAGAAGGCUGCUUUCAAUCAAGAAGUCAACACAAAGAAAGCAGAGGCCCAGCUGGCCUACGAGCUGCAGGCUGCCAAGGAGCAGCAGAAGAUCCGUCUGGAGGAGAUCGAGAUCGAGGUGGUUCAGAGGAAGAAGCAGAUCACCAUUGAGGAGAAGGAGAUUGACCGCACUGAGAAGGAGCUGAUCGCCACGGUCAAGAGGCCGGCCGAGUCUGAGGCCUACAAGAUGCAACAGCUGGCCGAGGGACAGAAGAUGAAGAAGGUGCUGACGGCCCAAGCGGAGGCAGAGAAAAUCCGUCGUAUCGGAGAGGCAGAGGCCGGUUCCAUAGAGGCUAUAGGGAAGGCUGAGGCUGAAAAGAUGAGGCUGAAGGCUGAGGCCUACCAGCAUUAUGGAGAGGCUGCCAAGACUGCUCUGGUCCUAGAGGCCCUGCCUAAGAUUGCUGGCAAGGUGGCGGCACCCCUGGCCCAGACCAAUGAGAUUGUCAUCCUGAGCGGGGACGGUAGUCGUGUGACCGGCGAGGUUAACCGCCUAUUGGCUGAGCUCCCCGUGUCCGUCAACGCUCUCACAGGGGUGGACCUGAUGAAGAUCCCUUUUCUUCAGAAGAUGACCAACCCUCAAGCAUGAAAACAAUCCAAUGCACCCUGACUCCAAUACAUCUCUCUUAUGCACUCUUUAAAUCAACAAGAAACACUUGAAUACAAGAGUUGUUUUUUUACUACGAAAGAGUAGUCGUUCUCAUUUCCUAGACCCCUGGUGCCUUGGCUCCUAUAGGACCAGAUCAUCUGCAUGGGCCACUGAAUGUUUUUCUUUUAAAGAACAAAAAAAGCAACCGUUCAUUUUAUAUUUUGUUUUUAAGAAGUUACCCCCAUUGUGUAGUACUUACACUCGUCUACAUUAUAGAAGAGGGGCAUUCAUCCUGAUUUUUCUGUGCGGGCCUUAUUCUGGUCUGAAAGGUCUCACCUUGUGUCUUUGUAGUUUUUUUCAUUGUGUUACAAUUAGUACCUUGGAUAUGCCCAUGGUUUUUUACAGUUACUUGUGCAAGUGUUAAGUAUUUCGUCACCCAUUUUUAUUGUUUCAUUCUUAUGUGCCUGUUAACCAACCAAGUGGCCAAACCUCAGGAAAAGUAAUGGUUUGGCAAUUCAAAAAGUUUAGUGAUACUACAGUGAAAUUCAAUGAGAGAUGUAGAAAUGUACUCCCCCAUCCUCAUAUCAUUUGCCAUUUUCUUUACUAGAAUCUUCACUUCAUUCUUCAUCUUGGGUAUGGGAGAGGUGUGUCUUCUUAGGACAAGGCAUGCAAGACGCAGAAAUGAUACACAUGAACACGUGUGCAUCGAUCUUCAUGUCUGUAUGAAGCCAUAUACUUUCAAGAUUAGCCUUAAUAUAGAGACCCGGGAGUCCUGCUAGCUUUCCUGAUCAUCUGGAUUACCUCAGUCAAUCUAAGCUUUAAUACUUGUUCUACUUCUUUCCAAUUAUUGAGACGUCAUAUGACAAUAUGCAUUUCAGUCUCUUAGGGUAGCCAAUGUUGUGUUAUGUCACCUUGUGGUUCCAUUCUUAAAUUACAUAUACAUUUUUAUAAAGGAUUUAUCUCUA